AUGCCGCUGCUACUGCUGCCGGCCGCGCGUUGCGCCGCUGCGGCGUCGGCGUCGGUCGCCUUCUCGCGGCCCCCGCCGUCCCGGCUCCGCGCGUCGCACCUCGUCUUCGCCUUCCGUCGCCUGAGGAAAUACGGCCGCCAGAGCCGUGAGCCAGUGCCCACCACCAGCCAAAGCUUCGACGAGGACGAUGACGACGAUGACGAGGACGACGACGACGACAUUGAGGAGGCGGUUGACGAGGAUAUCUUUCUGAAGAAUCGGCCCAAGCCGCCCGGUUUCGGCGUAGGGAAGACCUACACCACCGACAUUGAGGAGCAGCUUCUCCGGGAGAUGGGCCUGGGCGGCGCGGGGCGCCAGUCCCCGGCCAAGAGCGUCAAGGCCGCUGGCUCGGCCAAAGAAACCGGCGCAGAUCUCAGUAAGGAUGGCGUUCAUGUUCGUAUUUGGAACCUCCCGAAAAAGAAGAACAUACAUAAGGACCUGAACCUGGCUUUUAAAGGGUUUCCUGGACUGGUGACUAUAAACCCAGUAAACUCUGGAACUAAAAAGACCCGUGAUCCUAUUUGUAAGGGUUUUGCAUUUCUCAAACUGGAGUCAGUGGAGGCUGCAACCAGGUUUGUUGAAGAAUACUCUAGUAAAGAUGUGUUGUUUGGCAAGGUUCAGAAGCCAAUCAAGUGCUGCAUUGCUGAAGGGCACAGCUCUACAGAUACUUCAAAUCAAGCAUCCGGUGUACAGGUGCCAGGGCCAUCAAAUCCCCAACGUUUGGUGACCGUAAGGUGAUUGACACGCUGAUGUGUCAUUCCGUAGCCACCCGUACUUCCCCUUUUUGUGGACGAUAGCAUUGACAUUAGCAAGAAAGUCUAAAAUCUUUUCCCCAAGGGUUUAUUUAGAUAGGCAGGGAUUAGAAGCAAUACCCUCAGAUUUUCAGUGGUUUUAGUUGAGUUUCCAUGCCCAUCUGAAAGGUCUUAUUGUUGGAUCAUUGGACGAACAGGAGGAGUUGAAUUAAUUUCAAUCCUUGACAUUUGGUAUGGUUUCCAAGAGCAAAUCAGUUGCUUGCUAAAAGGAGAUAAGAGCAAAUCGGUACCUCAUCCGAUGAUAAAUAGUGUUUUUUGUCGGCAGAGUGGCCAGAGCAAAAGUGUUGAGCUCUGUAUCAAUGUACAAUAUACAACUCAUUUUUGGAAUAAUUGUUCAUGUAGUUUUA